GUGUAGUACACGGGCAAGAAGGGCAGAUCGGCGGGGAAGAAGACGACGGUGUUAACGGACGCGGAGGCCCUGUGGGCCAUGCUCUACGCUGACGACGCGGCCAUCGUCUCGCGUUCGCCGGAGAGUCUCGAGAGGUUGAUGUCGGUCAUCGUGCGCGUGGCCGGCCUGCUCGGACCUAGGGCAUCGGAGCCAAAGACGGAGAUCAUGUGCAUGCUGCCGAAAGGGAUCGAGGAACGCCCGUUCACGGUCAGCGCCGCCGGCCAGACGUACAAGCAGACAGAUCGGUUUGUGUACCUCGGACGUACCAUCUCCGCGGACGGGAAGGCCGACCGGGAGAUCACGAGCCGCAGCUGCCGAGCGUGGAAGUGCUACCGCCGGAACAGUGCUUCGAUGUACGACAGGCGACAGGCCAACCGUCAGCUCAAGAUCCGGCUACUCCAGGCUGAAGUGGUGGAGACUCUCCUAAACGGGUGCUCCUCGUGGAGCCUAACAGCGGAGCACUACACGAAACUCAAUGGGACCCACCGCCAGUCCCCUACAUGGUGCAUCGGCUGGAGCAAGCGGAAACGCUCAGACCGACCCCUGUCCUAUGCCCAGGCCCUCAUCCAGGCCGGCUGCGAGGAAACCAUCGAGGCCACCGUGCGCAAACGGAGGCUGUGUUUCGCGGGCUUCGUUAUGCGCAUGAGGANGGAGAGCGACUGGGUGCCUCGUCUAGGAGAGGACCUCGUGGCCUUCAACAUGGGAGACGAAAAGGAAGGGGGAAAAUGGAAAGAGAGCGCCAAGGACCCGGAGGUGUGGUACAACAAGGUCGAGGACGAGGCGGCAUGGUUCAUGAAGAAAUGGUACAGGCAGGAGGCGGAAGCGUCCGCGAAGCGCCAGCGAGCGAGGGCAGAGAGUACGACCAUCUCGAGACCGAAGAGAUAG